CGCGAACAUUGACGCGAAGUAAAUAGCGCGAGCAGCUCGUGCGGCUGUUUCUUUUCACGAUAUACGUUCAACGUGCGGCCAUAUCGUUUGCUAUCCUUGCAACUUUCUGAGAUAAACCCGCAGGACAGCUGUCAGCCAUUCCUGGAAUAUACGGAAAGGUACCCAAAAAUGGAACACAGGGGAGCGCGUUCGGGCAAGAAGAGCUUGGUCACGCCGCGUACUUUAAUUCCUCGGCGGAGCUCUUCGGCCGAUGUGCGGACGAGUCGCAGCAGCCGGUCUGCCUGGACACCCGCCAUGUCCGGUGGACGAAACAGACGCUCAUCUAGCCUGUCUCAAAUGGACCGUUUGAGCCAAGGCGCACAGAAACCUGCAAACCUGAAAGACCAGAGGAACUUCACUGACAAGGCCUACCUUUCUGAAUGUGUGGACAACUUGUACAUUUUUCUCAAGGAGCAGGGAUACCCUCACCACACCACUCCCCAGAUGUUGAGCAGGAUGUCUGCCAAGGAAUUUGAAAAUGUCAUCACAUUUUUAAUAAAGUUCUUCGAGCCCAACUUCAAGCUGGGUGGCGGGUUGCGGAUGGAAGAUGUGGUGCUCGAGCAGCUGCGCCGGCUGGGUUAUCCGUACCCAUUACACAAGAGCAUGCUGUUGGGAAUCGGUUCCCAGCCACACAAGGCCCUCGCCAUCAUCACCUGGCUGGCAGACUUGGCCAAGUACCACGAUUCUGUGAACCCACUGAUGGACUUCUUCAACUCGGGAGACUUUCCAUCCGGCACUCCUGGGCAGAACCAGGCUGGUGGAGGCAGUAUCUCGGGGAUGCUGCUGGAGCACUGCAUGCGUAAGGGAGAUGAGGACACCGACGACGACGACGAUGAUGACUUCAUUGACAACUUGGUGCUGGAAGCUGUUGGUAAAAUAGAGCCACUAGAGGAGAUUGAGAAGAAGCUAGCAGAGCAGUGCGAAGAGGUGCAAAGACUGACAGGUCUCAUGGAAGAGCGAGAGAUGCUCAGUAAGGAGCUGCAGGAAAAGAAACAGAAAAUUCAGGGCUACGACAAAUACUUCGAAGGCAUGGCUACGCACUUCGAAGAGAAGAGGCUAGAAGUGGAAAAGAAUGAAGAGAAGCUAGCUGCCCUCGAUGCCACCAGAAACAAACUGAAGGAGGAGCUAGCCGAUGUGCAGGCACUGUGGCGGCAGCAACACUCGCGCCACGAGGACAAGCCCACACUGCAGCAGCGGCAGCAGCGACUCGAGCAGGACCUUUCAGCUGCACGCUCCCAGCUCGAGGCACUCCGGCAGCAGCACGAACUCUCUAGCCUACAGUUGUACAACAUAUACGAAAAGCUUCGCUCCGAAAAUGCCCAACUACAGGCAAGCAUGGAGUUCUCUACGAACUCCCUGCGCCGCGUGCUUCCACGAAACACGCUGGACGACUUUGACCUGCACCCUGUAGAGGAUGCACGAUCACUCCAGAGGCACAUAGCCUCCAACACUGCAGCCACUGCUAAAGUGGACAGCCUGCUCAGUCAAAUGGAGAAGGAAAUGGAAGGCUGCAUUCUGCAGGACCAGGAUCUUUGUGAACAGUACGCAUUCAAAGUCGAAGACCUGGAACGUGACCUGCAGCUGAAGCAAGAGCUCAUUGCCAAGCGCAAAUUGUACUUGGCAGAGCAGACAGCUGACACGCGCAAAAGUGCUCAAGACUUAGACAAGGAGUAUGCUGAUAUCUGCAAGGAAACCUCCGACCUUCAGCAGAAGCAACUCGUCGACCCAGAGAUCAAGGCUGCCCAGGAGUCUGAAAAGCGCCUGGCUAAUCUCCAGGAGCAGUUGGCCGAGGCCAAGUCUCGGCAUACUGAAACCGUAGCUGCCAGUGAUGAUGCCCUGCGACAGUGCCAGGAGGCUGCAGCUGCCGCUCACAAGGAGAUCUUGGACACGAUGCAGGAAACGCACAGCAGCGUAAUAGAUGCCAUUGAAGAAAAUCGCAGAUUGAGAAAGAAAUGAAUUUGUCCUAUAGUUAUUGGUGUUGGCCACUGUAUUUGUUGCCUUUUAUUAUUUAUUGCUAUUUUUAUCGUAGUAUUAUUAUUUAUUGCGUUUUUAAUUAUUGUUCUUUUAGUGCGUGAAAUCGGUCACACCUUUCAGAUCUCUGUUUUGUCUUUUUAAAUAAAUGGGUACCUUGAUCCUGGA